AUGGCGGCCGGGCCGGGGCCGUGGCUGCUGGGCUCGGGCUUGGCCUUGGGGCCGGCAGGCGUGUGGGCGCAGCUGAGGCUGGUGGAGGCCGGCGGAGGGCAGCGAGCGCCCGGGGACUCCGUGCUCCUCUCCUGCCGCGGACACGGCUUCAACUUCGGGACAUGCGCAAUAAGAUGGUACCGUCAGGCACCCGGAGGCAGGCUGGAGUGGGUGUCCUUUAUCUCCCCUAGUUCAUCACUGAUUCAACAUGCACCGGCAGUGAAUGGUCGAGCCUCUGUGUCCCGGGACAAUUCCCGGUUUAGGACAGCUCUGUCUCUAAGUGCCCUGAGCCCACAGGACUCUGCCCGCUACUUCUGUGCUGUUCGCUGGUGGGGUCUCAGUGUGAGGACAGAUAAGCUUAUUUUUGGAAGUGGGACGACUCUCACAGUUGAGCCAAACAACAUAAGGAGUUCUGACCCACAAGUCAUUGUGAUGAAGUAGAAACUGGAAGAAGAUGGCAACACCGAGAAAGUAGCUUGUUUGGCAAGGAAGUUCUAUACAAAGAAUGUCAUCUUGGAGGUGUCCUCUAAUGAAGUCAUAUAUGAGCAAAAUACCCCCGUUUUGACAUCAGAAGGGUUGUACGAUACCAUUAAGGUGGUCAGUGCAACAAAAGGCACAGAGGUGGCUUGCACAGCCAAACACGAUGGCAAAGAAGCAUUGCUAGAAAAGGAGGCUGAAGAAUCAGUAACAGGGAACAUUUGCAACACCACAGACAUCUCUAUGCAAGAUGCUGAAGGGGAGAAAACAAACAUGCUCUCUGUGACUGUGUUGGGCUUGAGAGUCCUGCUGGCAAAAAGUAUUGCCUUCAAUGCACUCAUGAGCAUCAAGCUGUUUCUUUUCUGAGCUGUCAGACAAUGGCAUGUAGCCCCGGUUGCAUUAAAGGGCCGAUGUGGAAACAAGGCAGCAGCACUGUGAAGAGCAGCUGGAGAGCUUGUCCCAGCAGCACAACGGGUCAAACGGCCAACGCCAAAUCUACUGACAAC